ACAAGCCGUCGGGAGAAGCUGUUUCUCCCCCCCCCCAUUCCUUUUCCUUCCAGAAGAAGCUUAACCCGGAUCCUUUAAUAACGAGCAGUUACGAUCACGUGUAGCGCGAUCUCAGGCACGUCUACUCUGAAGGAAAGCUCCACUGAAUUCAAUGGGGGUUGCUCCCAGGCCACGGAGUGACUUUGUGGGACGCAGCUCUGUGUGGUUCCCGAAGGAGUGACGGAGAUCCAUUGACACCCAGCCAGCGAAACUGCGCCCUGGGUAGUUAUGCAAGAGGAACACAAGAACAUGGCCUCAUUAGAAUUUCCUAAUGUGACAAUAAAGCUAGAAGAUGAAGAAGAGGUACCAUGGCUCCCAAAGAACCAGGGAUCAGAGGAAAAUGAGAACUUUCCAGGUGACCGCUCUGGGUUUCCUGUCCUCAAAUCGGAAGUAAUCCAUGGUGGGGAUCCAUGGAUCCCAGAGCCUGUUUCAGAGGAAAGGGAGAUCCCAACAGACUACAGCUCAGAACUUCCAGAUGUGAUCAUAAAGCUGGAGCAGGAAGAGGAGUUGUACGUUCCCUACCGCCAGGUUUCAGAGGCCGGCGUGACAUUCAAAGGAGACCCUUCAGGAGUUGGAGAAGGAAGAAUCUUCAUGGGAGAUAUACCAUAUUACCCAGGCUGUGGGAGAAGCUUCAGCGACAAACCAGACCUGAUCAAACAUGGGAGUCAAAAUGUGGCAGAGAAGCCACACAAGUGUUCCCGCUGCGCCAAAAGCUUCAUGAAAAGAUCCAACCUUCGUACACACGAGAGAAUCCAUACUGGAGAAAAGCCGUUCCGGUGCACCGAGUGUGGGAACAGCUUCAGCGAUGGGUCCAGCCUUAUUAGGCACAAGCGGAAACACACGGGAGAGAAGCCGUACAGUUGUUCAUCAUGUGGGAAAAGGUUCAAUCAGAGUUCUAGUCUUAUCAGACAUGAGAGAAGCCAUACAGAGCAGAGACCUUACAAAUGCUUGGAAUGUGGGAAAAGGUUCAACCAGAGUUCAACCCUGGUUAGACAUGAGAGAAUCCACAGAGAACAGAGACCGUAUAAAUGCUCGGGCUGUGACAAAAGAUUCAUUCAGAGCUCAAGCCUCCUUGCACAUGAGAGAAUCCAUAGAGGAGAGAAACCAUAUGGCUGCUCAGUGUGUGGGAAAGGCUUCUGUCAAAGAUCCAACCUUCUUAUUCAUGAGAUGAAACAUACUGGUCUGAAGCCAUUCAAAUGUUCAGACUGUGGGAAGGGAUUUAAUCAGAAUUCAAGCCUCGUCAUACACAGAAGAAUUCAUACAGGAGAAAAACCAUAUAAUUGUUCUCACUGCAGGAGACCUUUCAGUGAUAAAUCGAGCCUUAAUAAACAUGAAAGAGCCCACAGAGGAGACAAACCCUAUAAAUGUUCAAGCUGUGGGAAAAGCUUUGUCCGAAGGUCACAUCUUCUCACCCAUGAAAGAAUCCACACAGGGGUGAAGCCAUUUAAAUGCUCAGACUGUGGGAAAAGCUUCAGUAGCCGGUCACAUCUUAUAAGGCAUGAGGGAACCCACACAGGGGAGAAACCCUACGAUUGCUCUUUUUGUGGGAAAAGCUUCAACAGAAAAUCCAACCUGACAAAUCAUGAGAGGACCCACACAGGGGAGAAGCCUUACAAAUGUUCUGACUGUGGGAAAAGCUUCAGUGACAGGUCAAGCCUGAUCAAGCAUGAGAGGAUCCACACUGGGGAGAAGCCGUACAGCUGCACGGCUUGCGAGAAAAGCUUCAGUGACAAAUCAAGUCUCAUCCGACAUGAGAGAAUCCACACUGAGGAGAAGCCUUACAAAUGCUCGGAUUGUGGGAAAGGGUUCAACCAAAGCUCAAGCCUCAUCGUUCAUGAGAGAACCCACACGGGUGAGAAGCCGUUUAAGUGCUCAGACUGUGGCAAAGGCUUCAUUCGGAGGACGAUUCUCAACAAGCACGAGAGAACCCACACUGGAGAGAAACAGACAUGCAACGAGUGUGGCAAGACCUUUGCUCAGGCCUCAAACCUUCUGGCACAUAAGCGGAUCCACACAGGUGAGAAGCCAUACAAGUGUGUGCAUUGUGGGAAAAGCUUCACCGAAAGGUCCAACCGCAACAGGCACCAGAGGACCCAUUCAGGAGAGAAACCCUAUAAAUGCGUUGAUUGUGGGAAAAGCUUUAGUUUUAGAUCUGACCUCAUUAGGCACGGGAUCACCCAUACAGGAGAGAGACCAUAUAAGUGCUCAGACUGUGGGAAAAGCUUUAGUCAUGCCUCAACCCUGAUUAGGCAUGAGAAUAUCCAUACAGGAGAGAAGCCCUAUUCCUGUACGGACUGUGGGAAAAGCUUCACGCAGAGCUCAUCCCUUCUUGCGCACAAAAGGCUCCAUACUGGAGAAACACCCUUUGUAUGCCCCAUUUGUGGGGAAAGCUUCAACUGGAAGUCUCACCUCGUUACACAUAAAAGAACCCAUACAGGAGAGAGACCGUACAAAUGCUCAAACUGUGGGAAGAGCUUCAACCAGGCAUCGAAGCUGAUGCGGCAUGAGAGGAUACAUACUGGAGAGAAGCCCUUUGCCUGUUCCGACUGUGGGAAAAGUUUUAGCCAGACCUCAGAGCUCCUCCGGCACGAGAGGAUCCACACUGGGGAGAAACCCUAUAAAUGCUCCAUCUGCGGCAAGUGCUUCAAUCGGAGGUCGCACCUCAACACGCACGAGCGGAUUCACACGGGGGAAAAGCCCUAUGGCUGCCCCGACUGUGGGAAAAGCUUCAAUCGAAGGUCACACCUUGUUCGGCACAGGAGGACCCACACCGGACAGAAGCCACAUGUAUGCACAGACUGUGGGAGAAGUUUCAGCUCUCCUUCAAACCUUCUUUCACACAAGAGAAUUCACACAGGGGAGAGACCCUAUCAAUGCUCAGAUUGCGGGAGCAGUUUCAUACGCAACCGAGACCUUCAAGUUCACAGAACGAUCCACACUGGUGAGAAACCACAUCCGUGCUCCUAUUGUGGAAAAAGGUUCCGGAGCAAAACACACGUGGUUAGACAUGAAAAGAUCCACAAAGAAGAGAGGCCGUUCACAUGUUCAGAGUGUGGGAAAGGAUUCAGACUGAAAGAGCAUCUUAGGGUUCACAAGAGAACGCAUACAGGAGAGAAACCUUAUGAAUGUUCGGACUGUGGAAGGAGCUUCAGCUGUGCAGCAAACUUUCACCGACAUAAAAAAACUCACGGGGAAAAACUGCAUAAAUGUUCAGAUUGUGGGAAAAGCUUCAGAAAUAGCUCAGACCUCAAAUCACACAGGAGAAUCCACACUGGUGAAAGACCUUAUCAGUGCUCAUUCUGCAGGAAAAGCUUUCGUUGUAGCUCAGGCCUUGUAACUCAUAAGAGAACCCACCAAGGAGAAAAACCAUAUAAAUGCCCAGAGUGUGGGAAAUGCUUGAGUCAGAAAUGGUGCCUUAUGAAUCAUUUGAAAAUGCACACACACAAAUGUUUGGACUGUGGGAAAAGUUUCAGUCAAAGUUCAGCCCUUCAACUGCAUAAAAGAAAACAUACAGGUGAGAAACCCUUUAGAUGCUUGCCUUGUGGGAAAACCUUUGAUCGGAGGUCAGUACUGAUAAUCCAUGAGAGAAUUCAUACAGGAGAGAGACCAUAUGUUUGCUCAGAGUGUGGGAAAAGCUUUAUACAAAAAUCUAAACUUAUUCGACAUGAAAGAACCCACACAGGAGAGAAACCAUACAAAUGCCCUGAAUGUGAGAAGAGUUUCAGUGAAAGAGCAAAUCUUGUUCAGCAUGUAAGAAUCCACACAGGAGAGAAACCAUACAAAUGUUCACACUGUGGGAAAUGCUUCAGCCAAAGAUCACAUUUUAUUGAGCAUGAGAGAUCCCACCCAGGAGAGAUAUCCUUUGACUGUUCAGAAUGUGGGAAAAGCUUCAGCCAUGCUUCUCGUCUUUGUAAACAUCAAAGAAUUCACACAGGAGAGAGCCCAUAUAAAUGCUCAGAAUGUGGAAAAAGUUUCUCUGGUAAUGCACAUCUUAAAUCUCAUAAAAGAAUCCACUCUGCAGAGAAGCCAUACCAGUGCUCAAAUUGUGGGAAAAGUUUCAGGCAUAACUCAACACUUACAGUACAUAAAAGAACACACACAGGAGAGAAACCAUUUCAGUGUUUGUCCUGUGGGAAAAGCUUUAACAACAGUUCAGGUCUUACCGCACACAACAAAAUUCACUUGGGAAAGAAACGAUUUCAGUGUUUAAACUGUGGGAGAAGCUUCAUGCAGAGAUCUGCCUUUCUUAAACAUAAGAGGAUACACAGAAUGAGGGAAACAUUUAAAUGUUCUGACUGUAAAAAGACUUUCUUACUGAAAGCACAGUUAAUUGUACAUCAGAAAACCCAUACUUGAGGUGGGAAGCCUUCAAAGCAGCCAGGCUGAAGGGGGAGCAUAUUUGCACAGAUUAUAUAUUACUAGCAGAUAAACAACUCUAGGAUGAUGGAAAGAUAAGAAGAGCUAGAACUGCUGGCACAGCCGAAGUUUAUGCCACAACGGAAAAGGUGUGUUAGAAGACCUUUCUUUCCUACUCCUCAGUCACAGGAGAAUUAAGGUAUCCAGAGAAAGGACAGGGACCCUAUGACCCUCACAGUGUUGGACUUUGACUCCCAUCAUGCUUGGCCAUUUGCUGUGCUAGCUGGGCCUGAUGAGUCUGGAGUCCAACAUCAUCUGGAGGGCCACAUAUAUGCCAGCCCUGCUCCAGGGGGUAGCACAACUUUCUUAGGUCUUGGGAGCCUUGUGGGUUUUUAGGGGGAAAAAAGUAAGAUUACCUUAUUUCAUAGACUCAAGAGCCAGAUUAGAGAUAACAUUAACAUUUAAUCAGCACAAUAUUUUUCAGAAAUGGUAACUGACAGCUUCUGAGAGCCUGGAUAACAGGAAGUGAGAAGGGAGGCGUUUACCUCCCCACUGCCUGCCACGGGCCCAGCAAUGCCUCCUGCCAAGCUGCUGAAAUUGUACCCAUGCGAGCAGCAUCAUGUCUAGUUUGUUCCGCAUUAAGAGAACCCUUGUCUGUUCAGUAGUGCAUAAGCCACAAGCUGCCAUGCGAACGAGAGUUAGCCUUAACAACAAACCAUGGUUAAUCCUGGGUUGUUUAACCCCUAUAUAAUCCAGUGUCUGAUUUCAAAUAUGACUGUAACAAGCUACAAAAGGGGCAGAUCAGAGCUUGUCAGUUGAAAGCGGACAUAGCAAGUGUGCCAGAGGGAGUGCACUUGCAUGCUCCUCCGCUGUAUUUCAGCCAUUUGUGGGUCAGGUAACCCAUGGGUGCUUUUACAUGCAGACUGGUUCACUUUGUAUGAUGAAAACGCCCUCGGUUCUUCAUGCCGUCAGUACAUGAAGAGUAAAAUCUUCAGAGAAACAGCAUAGGAGAUCAACUAAAAUAUAAUGAUUGUGUAGUUGUUAGCUUGAGAAGGCAAGGCUCAUUGGGAAGAUGAUCAUGCCAGAGAAAGUUGAAGGCAGCAGAGGAAAAGGAAGGCCAAGUGGGAGAUGGAUGGACUCCAUCAAGGAAGCCACAGGCUUGAAUUUACAAGAGCUGAGCAGGGCUGUGAAGGACGGGGCCUUUUGGAGGGCUCUCAUUCACAGGGUCUCCAGGAGUUGGAGGCGGCUUGGCGGCAUGUAACAACAACAAAGUUCUUAGCUAAAGAAUGUGCGGCACUCAGAAGAUUAAACAUUUUGAACCUAUGAGUUUGUCAUGUGUGCGCACAACAGAGUUCUCUUUGGGCCAACUCUGUGACAAUCGCACAUUGGGAGUAGAGGAUGCACUUUUUGUGUCCUGAAUGCUCUUCUGUACGUGUGUGUGCACUCGUGUGUGUUUGUGCACCUUGAAGGAAGGCCCAUUCAUCCUUCUGUAGUUGGAAUGAGAGAAUAGGAUGGGCUGUAACAUUUCUGUUGAAAUUGUGGGUCGGCAUUCCUGAAUGCUGCAGAAAACAUCCAGGAUCGAUUCCAUGGAGAGGUGGCAGCCUUGAUUUUACAGGAACCGAGCCAGGCUGCCAAGGACGGGGCAUUCACUUUGGAGGGCUCUCCUUCAUAGGGCCCCAGUAAGUUGGAGAUGAUGGCAUGUAACAAGGUGAAAACUACCAUAGGUAGUUAAAAGGUGUCUUUUAACACUUACCUGGAUUUUUUUUAUUUUCUCAUAUGUUAAAAUGUGAAUAUGAGAAACUUUCUAGAUUAUCGCAAUUGUCUCCCUGCAGUGUUAAUUCUUCACUUUGAGGACUGUAUUUUCAUACAUGUAGGAAUAUGAAUCCUCCCCCUACAGCCUGAAAUGGUACAGCUCACUCUUUUCAACCUGUGUCCACCUCUCUUUCCAUUGCACAUAUCUUCAGCUUUGAGACUCUUAGCAACAGACAAGUAGAAGAUCGUAUUUUCCUCACUGCCAAAUUUUCCUUUCCUCUGGCUCCUUCACUGUUGCUUUCAGACAUGUCCGCCUCACUUAUCCUCAGAAAUAACAGCAAUGCAUCUCUUUGUCCAUCCAUUCUCUGCAAUUUUUGGCCCAUCAUGUAUUAUUACGUUAAUAAGUGCUCUGGGCUGUUCACAACAUGUAAGUCACCCUUCCAGAUUUCAACCAGGCCUGACCAUGCUUAGCUUCCAAGAGAAGGCUGGACCAGGCACUUCAGGCUGCAUGGAAGCUAUGUAUGUAACUAAUCCCUGCCUCCGAACACCUAGAAUGCGCUCCUUGCUCCAAGGUCUCUGCUUUCCUCCAGUCCUGCUUUCAAUCCCCACUACAGUGCUGCUUGUGCCUCCUACUGGCCUCAUGGCAAAAAUCUAAAUUCAGUUCUCAUUCAUCCUGAUUUCUCUGCUGCCUUAGAUACAGUUGGUCACCUUCUCCUGCCUGAAUGCAUUUUGCAUCCUGUUCCUAUAGGGAAACUCUCUUCCCCCAGGCCUUCUUGGGCUUCUGCACUUUUCUUUCUUCACACUGUCACAGAAUGAUAUCACAUCUUGUGGUUGUCAAUCGCUUCUGCAUACAAGUGGCAUGUUUUUGUACCCAUGCCAUUCCCCCCUCGCUCCAGUCCCAACUGGUACCCCGAUGUCUCUCCUUCGAUGCCUCUAUUCCAACUUCACUCUCCAUGUUCACUUUUCUUAUCCACUGAUAAUUAACACCAUCAGACACAUAGAUCUGAACUCACCUCUUUCCUGUUUGAGUCAUUCAUUUUAAACAUUAUGUUUUAAAGUUAAUUGUGUAUCCUACCUUUCUACCAAAUGCUGCUCCAUUGCAAAGGGAAGCAAACUGUAUGUAAUGUUGCUUUAGAGUUCUGCGGUUACGAUAAGGAGGCAGCUAUUACAUAGCUUUCUCCAAUCCCCUUGUACUGUACUACAACACCUAUUAUCCCCAGCCAGCGUGGACUUAGAGGACAGCUGCUGUUGCGAAAGGAGGCUAACUUGCAAUGGUGCUACUGGACUUGCGGCAAUCACCUACCUAUGACUAAUUAUGCCUGUCUUUAGCUAUACUGACUUAACCUGGGAGCUCGGUGGGCCUUUCUUCUGAGUAGGCCUGCACAGGAUUGUGCCCUUGAUCUGUUCUGUGGCUGUGAUGCUUUGGAAACUUGUGUGGCUUUGUAUAUUUGUUUUCUUCCACAAAGUUGUCUACCACUGUAGCGUGUGUGGGCUGAUUAUAUGUGCAUAUGAUAUUGUUUCUUUUGGGACACUGUCUAGAGUUUCCUGGAGUAGAUGAUAGGCAUUUAAGCGAUAAAUGAAAAUAUGAUGUUUCCACGGUGGAAGGGGCAAGCCACUUUUACACCGAUCAGCAGGUGGUCUCUUUGACCAUGGAACUUGCCGAGUGAUUUUUAAACAUUUUAAUGCCUGUGUUCAUGGGCAUUACUAGUUUAUUGUUCCCCUUUGUUUGUUUGUAACCUUGCCUAGGAUUGUCAUUUUUAUUGUUUUCUAGUAGAUAAUGUUGGUACAGCUUAGAGGUCUGUUUUCAACUUGUUCAUCCCAAAAGCCUCUCUUACCUGUUUUUCCAUUUCAAGCCCUUGUAGCUGUAAGAAUGCCUUGCAAAUAAAACUCAAGUAUCUUAUUUUAGCAAAAAAAUAUACUUCUCUGACUGGUUUCUCUAGAACCACUGCUACCAAACACAUAACUCCUGAACAAAUGGAAGUAGAGUGAGAGAAGGAGACCCAUUGCAUAUUUCAGUCCUGCAGACUCGGACUUCCGACAGAUCAGCGAAUCUAAAGAGUCCAGCAGUGCCAGUCGGGUGUCAUGCCAAUCAUGGCGGAUGGUUUAAUUUUUGGCACAGCUUCUUUGAUACUGUCCCAUGAGCUGUACACUGGAACAGCUGUGUACCUAUACCCCCUCAAGGAGUCAUGGCUUUUGCUCUCAUAAUUGUGGGUCAUCCUUGCAGCAAUCUGGAGGAAAUUGAGAAUGGGAAGGAGUGACAUGGGAGCUGUCAUGAACAGGGAGAGGAAGGGGGAAGUCUAGAGACAGAGGAGGAAACGAAGGAAAGGGGCUGGAGCUGGAGGAGUGCAUGAGGGCAAGGGAUAGGAACACGGAAAGCUGCAGUGCCGACCCAUCGAGGAGCAGAUGUCUAGGGUUCCCCUUAGUAGAAUGUGCUCACCCCAUUUUGAAUUGAGCACCGAUGUGGCAUCGUGGUGAAGGCACUGGAUUAAGAAUUAGGAGGUGUGGGUCUCGUCGUCACUCAGCCAUGAAGCCCGCUGGGUGACUUUGGGCCAAGGCAUGGACUCGCUACUUCAAAAAGCUGCUGUGGGGAGAAAACAGGAGGAUUGUAUAAGACGCUUCGUAUCUAAAUGUAAUAAAUAUAAGACACUGUAUAUAAAUGUAAUAAUAAAUACGAAUGGAUACAACUUU